UAUACUGUUAUUAGUAUGUUGAAGCCGUUAUUGAGUUGGAUUAUUGAGAGGGAGUGGCAGUGAAGUUCUCUGAGCCGUUUGUACUGUAUCAUUGAGAACAGUAGUUUGAUGUAAUGGAGGGGCUGGGCGAGUCAGUCCGCCUACACGGGGCUUUGUGUUGAUGUUCAGGCGGCGCAACAGCGUUGACAGUCCGCGACCAGAGGAGCACCAGAGAACACCCUAGCAAACAGCCAACAUUGGAAAGGAGAAAAGAGCGAGAGACUGAGGAAAGACUGUCUUUUGGGGGAUUUUGGAGCGGAGAGCUGGACUAAAUCAUGGCCACCACGACGGCUUGCACUGGCUUUACAGUACUGCGGCCAAUCAGUGAGAUUAUUGACCUGCCUCUGGACCAGGUAAACUUUGUGGCGUGCCAGCUCUUUGCAUUGGCAACGGCCUUCUGGUUCAGACUCUACUUGCACCCCAGCAAGACAAGUCCCUUCAUCCGACAUGUAGUCGCCACACUGCUGGGCUUCUAUCUGGCCCUCUUCUGCUUUGGCUGGUAUGCCUUACACUUUCUGGUACAGAGUGGCCUUGCCUACGGUGUUAUGAUUUUCACAGGAGUGGAACACAUGCACAGGUACUGUUUUGUGGUUACCCUGGGAUACCUCAGUUUCUGCCAGAUCACCAGAGUAUAUGUGUUUGACUACGGCAUGUACUCGGCAGACUUCACAGGGCCCAUGAUGGUUAUCACACAGAAGAUCACAAGUGUGGCCUUUGAGAUUCAUGACGGUUUGACCAAAAGCGAGGAGCAUCUUAAACCCAGUCAGAACUAUCUUGCUGUCAGAAAGAUGCCCAGCCUACUGGAGUAUCUAAGCUAUAACUGUAAUUUCAUGGGGAUUCUGGCUGGUCCCACCUGCUCCUACAAUGAUUACAUCGCUUUUAUAGAAGGCACAUGCUAUGAGUCCAAACACCUGGAGUCAAAUGGCAAAGAGAAUGGCAAACUGAAGCAGAGCGACCCUUCACCUAAGAAAGAUGUGAUUCAGAAGCUAUGCACGUGCGCUCUGUCCCUGACGGUUUAUCUGGUGAUAUACACUGCCUGUCCCACUGAGCGUGUCAUCAAUGACUCCUUCAUGGCCUCUAACCCCUUCUACAUCCAGGUCCUGUACCUCUACAUCUCCAUGCUGUCAUUACGCCCCAAGUACUACUUUGUGUGGACGUUAGCUGAUGCCAUCCAUAAUGCAGCUGGUUUUGGGUUUAAUGGCUAUAACACAGACGGCACCCCAAAAUGGGACAGAAUAUCAAAUUUAAGAAUACUGGACAUUGAGUUUGCCACCAGUUUCAAGAUGUUCCUUGAUAACUGGAACAUUCAGACAGCCCUUUGGUUAAAAAGGGUGUGUUACGAGCGCUGCCCGUACAAUCCGACAGCGGCCACGUUCUUGCUUUCUGCGGUGUGGCACGGAGUGUACCCGGGUUAUUACCUAACCUUCAUCACGGGUAUCGUCAUGACAAUGGCAGCGCGAGCGGUCAGGCACAAUGUGAGGCAGCACUUCCUGAACUCAGCCACACUUAAGCUCAUCUACGAUGUGAUCACGUGGUUCAGCACUCAGAUCGCCAUUUGCUACACUGUCGUGCCAUUUGUACUCCUGGCAGUGGGGCCUUCUGUCAAGUUUUAUAGAUCGUGGUACUGCUGCAUUCACCUGAUCUGUUUUUUGCUGGUACUGGUUUUACCCGUCAAGUCCAGACGCUCGCGCACAAAACAACAGGAGCAUCAGAGCAGCAUCCAGGCCAGCGAACACAACUGCCUCUCCAAUCCGGACAACAACUUCAACCAGAAACAGAAAGCCACGUGAGGACAGGGAAAGCCGCUCGCAUGUGCACUGUGUUGCGGGGAACUUUUAGAUCCAUACUGAAAGACACACAGCGGCUGUGACAAUAACUGACCUAAACUCUACAACAGAAGAAGAAUAGAGACACCAAACCCAAUCACCUCGUCGAGACGGUCAUGCUUUAGUUUUUAACAGGAACAGGAUCUUUGUAGGAUUUUAUGAAAUUGAAGGUUGAAAUUUUUUGGAAUUGGAUGACUUAAGCAGUGAAUAAUUGACUUACAUGUCAGUUAAUCUGAAGUUGCCUUAAACCCUUUAUACAUUUGUGUUACACGGGAAUGGACCAGGGGUUGUUUGUUUAUAGUUUGGCUGUGUUAGUUUAGUAAGUGUAGCACUGGAAUCAGCCUUCACGGUACCUAGAAAGUUCCUGCCGUUAUCAGUUAAACAAAGUAACCUCUUUUUCAGUUACCCUAAAUGAAAAUAUCUGGUAAGAGAGGGGAAAAGUCAAAUUGUAUGUUGCCAAAUUCACAGGCCUUCAUAUCCUAUCUGUUGCCAUAGGUUGAGUUUUAUUGUUUUUUUCUCCCUGGUUUUCUUUUUGCUUUUUAAUCAGCUGGUUUCUCAGGCUUGCCAGCCUUGGUUAAUCUAAAAGGGAGUGUGUUCAUUUAAAAAACCUUUCUAUAAUAUUUUUUUUCAGAAUGAUUCUUAUCAAGGGCUUUAGGUUUGAUAAAUGGUUGUAUUUAUGAGAUUUUUUAUGGAUUGUAGGUUUCCUCAGGGCUUCACAGGUCUCGUUUUGGACCACAAAUAACCAGAUAUUUCUCUGUGAUCUAGAGAAGACAAAAUACCAUUCAAUAUUACUUAAUAUCACAGCUUGUUUGUUAUUAUAACCUUUAUUUUUAUGUUACACACAUGUAUGGUGAGUGAAAAAAAAUAUUGUAUUACAUAUUGCAUUGUUCAUAAUUUCUUGGUAAGAUCACAUUCUUUUUUACAAACAGUGCUUUUUUCACAUGAACACAAAAGUCAUCUAUUUGUAUUUUGUACAUUCAGUAUGCAUAGACAUUUAUUUAAUAUCAACUCAUCUCUUGGGCCCUAAUGAAACCUGCAAAGUCUUUGUAAACAAAGUUGAUUUAUAUUUAGUACAGUAUAAGGAUCUUUCUUGAAAUUUGAUCCUCUAAAAGUUGUCAAAACGUUUUGGUAACGCGAUUCAAGUGACUGCAUUUUAAUUUAUCAAGUUUUGCCCAUUUUAAAAGGGAACCCAGCACAUUGGGUGAGGAAAAAGUAAAUGUUAUUUAAUGAGGAAGGUUUGAAGGAUCAAAGCAUUUACCAAAAUGAGUUAUUAUUCAUGACUAUAGGAAUACAAUAUAAAUGACUUUAAGGGAAUUUAAGAGAUUGGUUAAAGGAAUACUUCACCCUAAUAUUCUGUCAUCCUUUACUCACCCUGUUGUCAUUUCAAUCCUGUAUGACUUUCUUCUUCUGCAGAAAACAGAUAUUUUGAAGAAUGUUGGUAACCAAAAACCGUUGCCCCCAAUUGAUAUUGGUUUUGUGUUCAUACAAUAGAAGUCAAUGGGGACCAACGUUUUUGUUACCAUCAUUCUUCAAAAUAUCUUCUUUGGUGUUCUGCAAAAGAAAGUCAUACAGGUUUAAAAUGCCAAGAGGGUCAGUAAAACAUGAAAGAAUUUCCAUUUUUAUGUGAACAAUCACUUUAAGUAAAAACACAUGAGCAGGUCCAUAAACAAAGUCAGGUAGAGAAUAAUAUUCUUGGGAGAUAGAGAACCAGUCCCCUGUGGUUUCAUAAGCACACUUCUUACAAACUCGUAUUGUGUUUGAAAUAAAAAAAACACAAAGCACCAGAUUAUUACAGCCCGAAACUAUUUGAGCGAUUGCAAAACAGAUAGAAAGCCAGUGGGAAACUGUUUUUGACAUUCUAACGUAUGAUUUUACAUAGCUGAAAAGGUUUGUGCUAAAUGAGAGUCCUGCUUAAUAGCCCAAUACUUUACAGUUUGUCUUUAUAAUUAGAUUUUUCAGAUUGAACUGCCCGAAGGGAAAAUUUUCCUCUGUACGCAACGUAUUAAACACAUAACCAGCACCUCAAUGCAAAACUUCAAAAGUGCCAAAUCGCUUGAGGUGCGCAAGCUGUACUAUGUACAGGCGUUGAAUAGGUCGAGAGGUUUCUACUCAAGAUCUUUUUGGAUUUAUUUUGUCUCAAAAGAAUAAUUUGACUCUCUCCCAUUUUGCACAUUUAGUAGGAAUGAGUUGGGUUUUAAAAACUGCAGUAGAAAAACUGCCAGAGCAAUGCUAGAAACUUCUGUGAGAACAGUGAAUGCUUAAAUUUUCCCACUAUUUUACUUUCAGUGUAGUACAUUUUUUCCUAAAGCUGAGAAAAAUCAGGACAACGUUCCACUGUUAUCGGUUUAUUUGGUUAACAUGCUUUAUCCAAAAUGACGUUAGAGGAGUGGUAUUGUUUAUCAGCUGCAUACAGCAUAUCCUCUAUUUGACAAAACCCACAUAAUAAUAAACACAUAAAUCUGCUUCAUUAAUCUGCUAAAAUUCUGUUACAUGUUGCUCAUCGAUUUUCCCACCACCUCCAACUACUGAUUCUCCAAAGAAUGACCCAAAGCUAUUUGAAAAUGCUACUGUAAUUCCUUUUUAUUGUGACCCUUAUCUAUCAGACGCUUAAGCUGAUUUGUCUUUUUUAUUGUAUUGUUAGUCUUUAAAAUGCUGCUGAUUUGUGACCCACAUAACAUUUAAACCCGCCCAAUUGACUGCUAAAGAUUUCCAGUUAUUGCAGAGAUCUUUUUUACUUUAAUUCCGACUUUUUGUGACAUUGCUUUACCUGGCAGUGCACAGGAAAACAUGGAUAUUUAGUAAUGUAAUAAGGCUCUUGAGAUAUACCGGAAAGUUAUAUCUAUUAAACCUGUUUCGACGUAAAUCAAUAUACCAGUAAAAAAUCCACUAUUUUCCAAAACUUGUAAGAAGUUUACUGUUAAAUGCAUUUGCUUUGAAAACUGUCCAAAGGGGAACCAACACUGUCUGUCAAAUGUUUCAUUUUCUGUUUUUCUUUAUAAUUAGUGUAAUAAUGAUUAAUUGAGAUGUGAUUGAUAAAAAUUGUUUGAUAAACUGA